UCAUAUACUAGUUCACCAGGCAGUAUUUUGGAGUAUUCUUGAUUUAAAUAAUCACCACCAGAACAAAUCGUAAAUUGCAUCUAUUUAAAUUUAAUCGGUGAUCGUGCUGCUAGUGCUCGUAAACUUUAGUUGAUAUUGAAUCUAAAUCAUUAUAAUGGAGAGACGAGAAAACUCCAGCACACUAGGGGGCCAGACCUUCCUGAAGGAUGUAAGAAAGUCCUACUCUUUCGGAGGCUACGGACUUUUACCAGGACUCUCACAGCAAGAGGAACUGAGUUUGGAAGAGGUGAAGAAACUUUUUGGAGCAAGUCCUAAAGAGCCAACUAAGAAAACCAAAGAGAAAAUCAAACAAUUUGCUGCUAAGUACAAAGACUUUGAGUGUAUCGGCUCCGGAGAGAGACCUUGGUACGAAGAGCUGGCGCAGCAGGUAAGCCCAUUGCCGCUGCUGGCAGUGGCGCUGUCAGUGUUCAUAGCCGUGCGUCUCUGUCCCGUGCCGUGGCACGUCUCUGAGCGCUACACGGCGCACACACGCACCCUUUACGCCGUCCUGCUCAGCGCAACCUUCGGCACUGAGUGCUGGAUGACUUUUUUUUCGGGUUUAGCGCUGUUCUUCAGUGUUCCUCGACACGUGUUCGCGCAGGUGCAGAUCGUACUGUUCCCUCUGUACUUCCUAGUGAAGGCGGCACUGCUGCUGCUCGCGCUCCUCUGCUUCAUCGUGCACAAGCCGUUCGAGCCCAGCAGCACUCGGGCGCUGGUGCAGAGCUCCUUGCUGACCGUGGCCUUUCUGACGAACCUCGUGGUCCGUGUGCAUCUCGCGCCACACCUCACGCGCCUCAUCGCCAUCAAGAUGGCGAUCGAGAGCGAGGAAGGAUUAGGCGGAGAGGUUGGCAGCACUGCGCCUGGUCGGCUUAGUCACUGCCCUCACUACAUGAAGCUGCAUCGCGCCUUCCGACGCGUCCACUCCACUAUAGCCGCCGCCAACAUGGCGAGUCUCACGUGCACUGCCAUCCUCGUCUCAUACCAAGCUCUAAAAUUUACCACUUAGUCAUUAUUAGAUGAAGAAUUAACUUAUCGAGUAUAAUCUAAAUCUCAGUAUCAUAAGGGGAGUUUAAUACUAAUAGGGUAUUUGUCAAGACCCUGCGAGUCAACGAAAUAUUCAUUUGUAUAGACUAUAGAUCAACUACCGUCCUACUGACCUGCACGACGGCUUUUUGUGCUUUCGAAGGCUUAAGUAGCUACAAUGUAGUUACUGAUGCUUUAUACUGAAAAUCAAAACUCUUAAUAGUCUGUGAAAUAUUCAAUAAGUAGAUUUCCACACAAUGAAUAAGCAUUGUAGCUACUAAGUCUAGCCGUAUUGGACGUUAAAAUGGUCGAGAAUCACUUUGUAUUACAAGGCAAAAGUAAAAAGAAGUUAACUUUUUUCGCCUGCUAGUUAUUCGUAAGAUUCGUGUAUUUUGAAUCCCUGAUUUUCAGUGUUUAAACAAGACUGGAUUGCAUAUUUCAGUGUAUUAACAAGAUUAGGUUCAUCAUAUGGACAGAAUUAACGUGUUCGGCUCAAAACUACUAGGCUUCAAUUGAGAGGAUUUUCUACAUAAUUUGCGAUAAUAAUAGUUGCAAGUCCAAAAUCUUGAACAUGCACGAAAGAAAAUGUCUCUAUUUUUUCGCUUGUGAUUGUGGGCAAUCAAAAAUGCAGAAAAAAAAACGAGAAAAACUAUCAUUGAAUGCGGCAAUAUAGUUAAUCGACAGACAGUUUAGUUUAGUUGCAGAACUUACCUGUUGAAACGAAACGAAUUUGUGUCGUUGUACAAUCUUUGUUGUAGCGAGUGUAAAAAUUAUGCCUUAAAUUAAAUGUUGUCCAUUAAUUUCAUUUGUAGAAUGUUUCAUUUACGCAUCCAAAUUAAAAAGUUUUUUAUUGUGCAAGAAGUCAUAAAAACAGAUACAGGG